GCGGACCGUCGGGAGAACCGCGGGCGUGGGAAACGCAGAGAGAGGAGAGAGAGAGGGCGUGUGACUGACUGAGAGAGAGAGAGAGAGAGAGAGAGAGAGAGAGACCCGCGGAGACAGACAGGUGUCCGGCCGCUCAGGUGCGCCUCGCCGUGUCCGCGCGUUGCCCGCUGGAUGAGGGUCUGAACUCCUCCGACCGACGCCGGAGCGACCGUUCCGUUCGGCCCGCCGCGCGCAGGUACCGCAACCCGACAGUGCAGGAAGAUAGUUCUCUGGGAAACGUCAUGAAUGGAUAUGCCCCUUCCACAUACCCUGCUGGAGGAUUUGGACCUACUCCAGCCCAGCUAAAUGGACACAGUACACUGCCCUCCGAUCUUAUGGAUGGGAUUUCACCUUCAAUGUCCAAUGCCAAAGCUUUGUAUGAGAAAAGGAAGAGCUACACGAGAAACAGUAUUAACAGCAUUACGGACACAUCGCAGUACCAUGUGGAACACCUCACUACCUUUGCGAUGGACCGCAAGGAGGCCGUAAUCACCGUGGAAGACGGCCUGCGCAAGUUGAAACUGCUGGAAGCCAAGAGCAAGGUGUGGACUCAGGAGAUGCUGAUGCAGGUGGAUGAAAAAGCUGUAAGCCUCAUUGAUGUGGAAACCAAGAAUGAGCUGGAAAACUUCCCCCUAAGCCACAUACUGCAGUGCCAGGCAGUGAUGGAUGCCUGCAGCUAUGACUCCAUCCUGGCACUGGUGUAUAAGGAGCCCGGGCAGGGCAAACCCGACAUGCACCUGUUCCAGUGUGAUGACAUCAAGGCCAACCUCAUCCACGCCGACAUCGAGAGCGCCAUCAGUGACUUCAAGGGUGGCAAGACCAAGAAGAGGCCCGACACACUCAAGAUGAUCUUGAGGAGCGAUGGGGUGAUCCCCCCGCCCCCGACCGCACCAGCUCCCGUCCCCCCAGCCAGCGUCCAUCAGGUGGACGUCAAAGGCAGAGUGGCAGCGUGGAGCGCCUGGGCAGCCAAUGAGCAGUUGGACCAAGAGAAGCUCAGGGAGUACAUGGAUCAGGACGAGUCCCCGGAGACGACAGCAGCCCGAGUCGAACGUGACGUGCAAAUUCUGAACCAUCUUUUGGAUGACAUUGAGUACUUUGUCACAAAGCUUCAGAGGGCAGCGGAGGCUUUCGGUGAGCUCUCGAAGAGAAAGAAAAACAAGAAGAGCAAGAAGAAAGGACCGGGAGAGGGAGUGCUGACACUGCGCGCAAAACCACCGACCCAAGAGGAGUUUGUCGACUGCUUCCAGAAAUUCAAGCAUGCGUUCAACUUACUGGCAAAACUAAGACCUUACAUUCAAAACCCAAGUGCUGUGGACCUGGUCCACUUCCUGUUUAUUCCUCUUAACAUGGUGGUUCAGGCUACUGGAGGAGUGGACUUGGCCAAAAGCAUCGUCAGCCCCCUGCUGACCAGCGAUGCCAUCGACUUCCUGCACUCUGCCGGCACAGCCCAGGAGAGGCACCUUUGGGUGUCACUGGGAGACGGCUGGACCAAGUGCAGGCUGGAGUGGCCCAAGGACCAUUAUUUUCCCCCCUACGUGCCCCGCUUCAGGGAUGGCUGGGAGCCACCAGCAUUGGCCUCCAUCGGCCGGCCCCAAGACCCGGAGGAACAGCAGCAGCACCUGGAUCGGACACCCCUGGAACCACCCAGCAUCCAGGAGUCUCUCUACAGUGAUGGGUAUGCUUUCGGUAACCAGGUUUGCAAACGCACACACCUCGUGGACCAGCAGAUGGCUUUGGCGGCCAUAAAGCAGGCGUUCAGCCGCCAUUUAGAUAGGAACCAUGAUGGUCACAGCAGGACCCCUCUGAAGAACUAUGCCAGGUCCAAGUAUGAUUUUGUUGCUAGGAACAACACGGAGCUGUCCAUCGUGAAGGACGAGAUUGUGGAGGUGCUGGAUGACAGGAAGCAGUGGUGGAAGGUGCGUAAUGGCAGCGGUGCAUCGGGGUACGUACCCAACAACAUUCUGGAGGCUGCGGGUGUCCUGGAUAUGAGUGCUGGAAGGAGCGAUGCCGCAUACAGCCACACCAUCCAGAAACAGAGGUCGGAGUCCGUCCCCAAACCAGCAGCGAACCCCAUCCCUCUGGCCCCAACGCCACCACCAGCGGUCCCUGCCCCCACCCAGCUGCCAACCCCACCCCUGCCCCCUCCAGCUGCCCCUCCCUUGGUGGAUCAGAGGUCCUCACCCAGCAGCAGCAGCAGCAGCAGCGGCGGCUCCAGUGACGGCAGCAACGUCGUCAUGAGAGAACACCAAAGGCCCCCACCCACUGACCGCAGGAAGUCCAAUAUGGAAGAGGUGCAGGACGAGCUACUGCAGAGGCUCACACUGGGUCGCAGUGCACAGAAGAAGAUCCAGAUCCCCCCGCGCAGCUCCAGCAUGCCUACCGUCAGCAUCACCUACAACUCCUCAGCCGAUGAGGUCAAAGCCUGGCUGGAGGCCAAGGGCUUCAGCUCAGUGACAAUCAGCAGUCUGGGGGUGCUCACAGGUGCUCAGCUCUUCUCCCUCAACAAGGAGGAGCUGAAGACGGUGUGUCCAGAGGAUGGCGCACGCGUCUACAGCCAGGUCACCGUGCAGAAGGCUGCUCUCGAGAAGAGCGGCGGCUCCGAGCUGCAGGAGAUCAUGCGGAGGAGGCAGGAGAAGAUCAAUGCGGCAGCCAGCGACUCGGGGGUGGAGUCUUUCGACGAGGGCAGCGGGCACUGAUUGCUCGCCCUGGUUAACCCCGCCCCUUCCCCUGUUGCGCUCUCUCUCCAGGAGGCUCCUGAAAGAUCCUGUGACUUCGCUGACAUCAUGCGACGGCGACACAAGCGCCUCAAGGAGUGACAUCAUGGCGAGAUGGAGAGCGAAUGAUACUCCGAUGUCGGACAGAUGAUGGAUCGUGUUUUUCAGCAGCAUAUACCAGUGGAAUGUACCUGAACAAACAGAGCUGCAGGGGUUGAACUACGCGUCCAUACGUGUGCACACACACACAUAGUACACACAGUACACACAUUUGUACAGGCUGAAAGAAUGGCAUAUGAACAAAUGCUGGUUUUUUUCUUAUAUGGUACAAAAUAGGUUGAAUUUACCUGAGGACAUUAUACGUGGGAGGAAAAAUGACACUGGCAUGUUUGUCGGUAAAGAAAAUGCACAAUAUGCUGUAGCUAAUACAUUAUGUAAUUAAAUGCCAAAUACCAAAUAAAAAGCGUGGUUAAUGGUAGAAAUCAAUGGGUUUUUGGCAUCAAUUUGUUCCAGGUCUUUUGAAUCGAUUUCAAACAUGCCAAGUAGUGUAUAUUGUGUAUUUGCUUCAGUGCCAGCAUCCGCUGGCAUUGUGACCCCAAAUUCUGAGAAGUGGAAGUGGGAGGUAACAAUCAAUCCAAUAAGUCCAGCUCAGAUUCUGACAGUACUGAUGAAAUUAGUCUAGCACCAUGCCUGGCUCCUGUGAAGAUGGAAAGGAUGAAAGCGAAGAGCGAGACUGCCUGAGGCCUUCAAGCUGUAUAUUGGUAUGAUGAUGUGUUACUGCAUGUCCCAGUGUAACCUAAUGUUCGAGGAGCCACCACAUCCAAAGAAAGAUGAUCUGAAAAUUUGGGAGGAACUGCUUAGGCUUAAAAACAUAUCACCUACACCCGCUAGAUGGUGUCUAGAUCCUCACAGUGAUUGCACUCGAGAGAAGACUCCUUGACUCAUCGGUGCC